GCCGCCACUGAGCCACAGCAGACGGCAUGAGGAGGCUUGAUCCGGUGCAUUUCUCCAUGCUCAUCAUCGGGGUCUCCUUCGCCUGCUACGCCCCGAGUUUGGAUUCGCUGCAGGACCAGGCAUACCGAUCGGCCGUGGUGAUCGAAGGCGAGGUGAGCUCGCUUCCCGAGAACGUCUCCGUGGAGCCCUACAGUGUGAAUGUCAAAGUACUGGACGUGUGGCCGGUGAACAGCGGCGGGCUGGAGCGCGAGCAGCUCGUCACCGUCGGGGAAUUCGGCUCCGAGGCUCCGUGCGUGGCGGUGGAGAAACACCACAGAUAUAUCUUUUUCAUGGACCCUACGGAGGAGCCUUUAGUAUUCAAAGCCUCGUUUGCUCCUCUGGACAGCACAGAGCAGACCCUCAAGAAAGAUGUGGAGAGCAUAUUGUGUGAAGACUGCGCAUCAGCUCCGAAGGUGAAGCCCAUGGAUUCUCAGUGGCUCCUGGAAGGUAAAAAGUUGACACUCAAGUGUGAAGCUGUGGGCAACCCGAGCCCCUCCUUCAACUGGUACAAAGAUGGCAGCCAGCUCCGCAAGAGGAAAGACAUCAAAAUCAAAUCCAACAAGAAAAAUUCAAAGCUUCACAUCAGCAGACUGAGACUGGAGGAUUCUGGGAACUACACCUGUGUGGUGGAAAACUCGCUGGGCAGAGAGAACGCCACCAGCUACGUCAGCAUCCAAAGCAUAACCACUACAUUGUCUCCGGGCUCAAGUCAUGCCAGGAAGUGCAAUGAAACUGAGAAGACAUACUGCGUUAACGGUGGAGACUGUUAUUUCAUACAUGGUAUAAAUCAGCUGUCCUGCAAGUGUCCAAAUGACUAUACCGGUGAACGCUGUCAAACCUCCGUUAUGGCCGGUUUCUACAAGCAUCUUGGAAUUGAAAUCAUGGAGGCUGAGGAGCUGUACCAAAAACGUGUGCUGACGAUAACGGGCAUCUGCGUGGCACUGCUGGUGGUUGGCAUCGUGUGUGUAGUGGCAUACUGCAAAACCAAGAAACGAAGGAAGAAGAUGCAUAACCACCUGCACCAGAACAUGUGUGCAGAGCAUCCGAACAGCAUGCUGGCCAACGGACCCAACCAUCCCGGCCUCGUCCCUGAGGAAAUCCCCAUGGUGGAUUAUAUAUCUAAGAAUGUCCCAGCAACGGAGCGAGUAGUACGACAUGGAACAGAGACAUCAGGCAAUUUCUCGGGCAGCCGAAUGUCGUCACGAUCCCACCAUACCUCCACAGCUUCUCAUGCUUCCAGUCACCGGCACGAGGAGCGCACAUGGAGUAUGGAGCGGACGGACAGCAUGCACUCUGACUGUCAGUCGGGGGCGAUCUCUUCCUCCGUUGGCACCAGUAAAUGCAGCAGCCCGGCGUGUAUGGAGGCUCGUGCCCGCCGUGCUGCAUACUGUGGUUAUCCUGAUGCUACACAGUGCCCCCUACAGUACGGAGACUCUUACGAUUCCCUGCGGGACUCACCUCACAGUGACAGGUACGUGUCUGCUCUGACCACGCCGGCGCAUCUAUCUCCGGUGGACUUUCACUCCUCACUGCCCCCGCAGGUGCCUACCUUUCAGAUCACCACGCCCAACGCCAACCAUGCCCUCUCGCUGCCGCCCGCCGCCUCUGCCAUCGCCAUGGCGGCCUACUCGCCCGACGAUGACCAACCCCUCCUGCACCGCUACCGCCGAUCCCGACGCCCAUAUUAUGCGGCGGAGAGCACGGGCUCCCUCCCGUCCAGCCCGUACCGCUUUGUGGAUGAUGAGGAUUAUGAGACCACGCAGGAGUACAUGUCCUCCCGAGAGCAGCCGAAGAAGAGCAGCAGUGGCCGCCGUUGGCGCAGAAGGUCACGGGUCAACGGCCACGUGUCGCAGCGUACGCCGGGCCCCAGGAACUACAGCUCUCAAAGCUGCCUGUCAGAUAGUGAGUGGGAGGACGAUGUGGUUGGCGACCUCGGCCACGGCGAGAGCACGCCGUUUCUCAGUAUGCAGAACAUGAAUGCCACAGAACCGGCCACCAUCUACCGACCCAACGACACGCGGACUUUCAGCAACACGGGACGCUCGGGCUCCCGUGGCAACGUGCAGGCCAACAAACUGUCACAGUCGCGGUCCAGACCGGACAAUGCACCCCUUUAAAAAAGAACAGUAAGAGCAAGGACGAACAAACUUGCAUAGGCGCGAAAAACAAAUGAUAUGCUAUAGACCUGCACCUAUGAGAAAUAUUUUUUAUUUUGUAUAACAGACAGAUAUUCUAAACAAAGGAAAUAUUUAUUUUCAUUUCAGCAAAAAUUGUCUACUAGCUAGCAGCAAAGACUUUUUUUAUAGGGGGAAAACUAUUUAUAUGUAAUUCCUUUUUUUUAUUAUUUACAGCAUUACGAAGAAGAAUUACGUGCCAAUUUUUUCACAAGCUAGAAAUAGAAUAAUAUUGUGGUGCCUUUUGCUGUUUGCCGACGAGGGAGAUUCAGUUGAAUUUUUGUAGCCUUUCUUAAAAACAGACUCUUGGGUUUUAUAGACAUGUUUUCCUGUUUUUUCUUUGUUCGUUAGUUUAAUUUCUUCAGGAUCUCCCCAUUUGAACUGUGAUAUUAUUCAGACACCAUGCAAUAUCGAAUCACUUCUGUGUAAGGUGUUUGUUUACAUGAGUAGGAUUCACGCGCACACAUAACUGACGUUAAAUCACAUCGGAUGCCGAUUCGUUCGAGCAUCCGAGCGCCGUUUGUGUUCGACUUUAGUUUCUACGUUUUCUUUUCUGUCAACUGGUUGUUGCAUAUUGUUUCCAUGGAAACAGAGGUACGCAGGAGUUCACAGGGCAUGACGCUGGGUCGCAGUAUCGGCCCUGGUGUUCAGGGUUUUCAAAAUGGUGGUCUGUGCGUCCAAUGAAUGUGUUUACACUUCUGUCCGUGUGCGUGAGAGUAUCGUUGAACCUCAGUGUAUACGUACGUGUCUUUGUGUACGCAGUUUCGUGCGAGAACGCGUUUCAUUCGUGCGUUCGCGUUGUGUUUGUCUUCAGGUUAACGUUUCGAGCACGUGUGUGUGUUGUGAGUUUCGACGUGCGCCUGUGUGUGUAUACGUAUGCUUGUACUCUUUUUAGGAUGUUGGCUUUGUCGAAAGGGAGCUCUAUUACGUCACCAGGUUAUCGCUAAAUGGUUAAACCGGACCCCCUAGUGGUGACACGAGCUCAUUGCACUGUAACCUUCCUUCGUUCCUUGUGUAGUCAUUGGCCUGCGGAGGAACCAAUCCAGCCUGAUUCUAGCCUACACGGACCUACAUCUCUCUCCCACACCUUCCCAUUCCUAUGCCAGCAGCUUUAAGCCGCACUGUGUCUCAGGACUUUUCAUUGAAAUCUGCAUUGCCCAUAAAACAGAUUCAUUACUGCCCGUCGUGUCUGCAUCAUGCUGGGAAGACGAUGAAGAACGAUACGACCAGAUGUGUUUGUCUGCGAAACGCUCCAUGUUUUGUUGGUUUUC